ACAACAUUGGAAGGCAGCGCUGAGCUGGAGUAGAGAAACAACACAUCUAACAGAAUUAUAUAAGUAUUCAAAUAUAUUGUCGCCAGUAUAUUACCGAGUUUUGUUAAGUAGUUAAUCAAUGUAGCUAAUGGUGCUGCGAUAGCUAACGUUAACCCUAAACAUUUCUUAGCUAGCAUAAGCUAGUUAGCUCGGAGCUAGCUAAAGUUAUAUUUAAAAAUUGUUGGAAAGUCUGGCAACUACGUUUCUUAUAACCAUGUGACGAGCUACAGUAUUGUUAAAUAUUAAUUGACAAACAAUUUGCUAACUCGACGUUAAAAUAUGUACAUUCAUUCAUCCUCAUUUGAUUUACAAGGCGAGCGAAAAUCUAUGUACAAACAGUCUGAAAAUAGGUUCUUCAAAUGUGGUGAAAAGACAAGCCCUAUCAGUGUAAUUUUGGUUACUUCGGGUAGCCGAGGGAACAAAUUGCUCUUUAGGUACCCAUUUCAACAGGUUUCAGAUUGCACAUCAUCACUCACGACAAAACAGCGAAGUCCAUAUGCAUUGAACACUACAGGAGAUGUUCUUGAAGACCCAGAUGGAGAUUCAAGAGAACAAACUCCGUUAACUGAUGAACAGUUGGUAGCAGGGUUCUCUGACAUUAUCCUCGCCACUAUCUUGGCCACCAAGUCUGAUAUGUGUGGGAAGAAGUUUGAGCUGAAGAUAGACAAUGUGCGUUUCGUUGGGCACCCCACCCUCCUCCAGCAUCCUCACACCAUUCAGGUGUCCAAGACAGACCCCUCACCUAAGAGGGAGAUGCCCACCAUGAUCCUGUUCAGUGUUGUGUUUGCUCUGAGGGCCAACGCUGACCCAUCAGUCAUCAGCUGCAUGCACAACCUGUCCCGGCGCAUCGCCAUCGCCCUGCAGCACGAGGAGCGCCGCUGCCAGUACCUCACCAGAGAGGCCAAGCUGAUGCUGGCCGUGCAGGACGAGGUCACCAACAUGACCGAGACUGAUGGCAGCCCUCAGUCACCGUUCAGACAAAUCCUUCCUAAAUGCAAGCUUGCCAGGGACUUGAAGGAGGCAUAUGACAGCCUGUGUACAACAGGGGUGGUGAGGCUCCAUAUCAACAACUGGCUGGAGGUGAGCUUCUGUUUACCUCACAAGAUCCACCGGGUAGGGGGAAACCACGUACCCCCAGAGGCUCUGGAGCGUAGCCUCAAGGCCAUAAGGCCGUAUCAUGCUCUGCUGUUGCUGGACAGUGAGAAGGCUCUGCUGGCCCAGUUGCCUUUGGACUGCUCUCCUGCUCUGGUGCGCCUCAUUAAGACCUGCUCUGCAGUCAAGAACCUGCAGCAGCUGGCACAGGAUGCAGACCUGAACCUGUUACAGAUCUUCCAGAUUGCUGCUCACCUGGUGUACUGGGGAAAAGCCAUCAUAGUGUACCCUCUGUGUGAGAACAAUGUCUACAUGCUGUCCCCACACGCCAACAUCAGCCUGUACUCUCCAUUGGCUGAGACGUUUGGCCAGCAGUUCCCAGGUCAUGACCUGCCUUCCAUGCUGGCCAAGUUCUCCCUUCCCCUCUCACUGUCUGAGUUUAGGAACCCACUGGAUGCUUCUGUGCAGGAGGCCCAGCUGAUCCAGAUGGUGGUGUGGAUGCUCCAGCGGCGCCUGCUGAUCCAGCUCCAUACCUACGUGUGUCUGCUGGUGCCCCCCAGUGAGGAGGAGCCAGGUCUGCUGCGGGAUGAGGAGCUCCCUCUGGUGGCCCGGGUGGGGGGCCGCAGCCUCAGCACGCCCAGCGCACUCAGCUUCGGAUCCCCAACCAGCAGUGAUGACAUGACCCUGACCAGUCCCAGUAUGGAUAAUUCCAGUGCAGAACUGCUUCCUGGUGGAGACUCUCCACUAAACAGGAGGAUGACCGAGACGUUACUGGCCAGCCUGACAGAGCACGAGCGUCAGGUCAUCCUCAACAUCCCGGCUGCACAGAGCCCUGAAGACCUGCGCAUGUUUGCCAGGCUGCUGCACUACUUCCGAGGGCACCAUCACCUGGAGGAGAUCAUGUAUAAUGAAAACAUGAGGCGCUCUCAGCUGAAGACCCUCUUUGACAAAUUCAGAAGUGUUCUGGUGGUCACCAACCAUGAGGAUCCUGUCAUCUCCCUCUUCCAGUCUCCUCUGGAGUAGAGGUCUGUCAUCUCCCUCUUCCACACUCCUCUGGAGUAGAGAGGUCUGUCAUCUCCCUCUUCCAGUCUCCUCUGGAGUAGAGAGGUCUGUCAUCUCCCUCUUCCAGUCUCCUCUGGAGUAGAGGUCUGUCAUCUCCCUCUUCCACUCUCCUCUGGAGUAGAGGUCUGUCAUCUCCCUCUUCCAGUCUCCUCUGGAGUAGAGGUCUGCCAUCUCCCUCUUCCAGUCUCCUCUGGAGUAGAGAGGUCUGUCAUCUCCCUCUUCCACUCUCCUCUGGAGUAGAGGUCUGUCAUCUCCCUCUUCCACUCUCCUCUGGAGUAGAGGUCUGUCAUCUCCCUCUUCCACUCUCCUCUGGAGUAGAGGUCUGUCAUCUCCCUCUUCCAGUCUCCUCUGGAGUAGAGAGGUCUGUCAUCUCCCUCUUCCACUCUCCUCUGGAGUAGAGGUCUGUCAUCUCCCUCUUCCACUCUCCUCUGGAGUAGAGGUCUGUCAUCUCCCUCUUCCAGUCUCCUCUGGAGUAGAGAGGUCUGUCAUCUCCCUCUUCCAGUCUCCUCUGGAGUAGAGAGGUCUGUCAUCUCCCUCUUCCAGUCUCCUCUGGAGUAGAGAGGUCUGUCAUCUCCCUCUUCCAGUCUCCUCUGGAGUAGAGGUCUGUCAUCUCCCUCUUCCAGUCUCCUCUGGAGUAGAGAGGUCUGUCAUCUCCCUCUUCAAGUCUCCUCUGGAGUAGAGAGGUCUCAUCUCUCUAUUCCAGUCUCCUCUGGAGUAGAGAGGUCUGUCAUCUCCCUCUUCCAGUCUCCUCUGGAGUAGAGAGGUCUGUCAUGAGAUGAAGGACCCUUUCUGAAAUACCAGACUGACAGAAUGAUAGACUGCUGCUGUACAAAGGCCUUAUUAUGGUGCUUGCUGCUUUCAGCCAACUGGAUAAUAUUGCAAUUUGAGGUAACUAAUAUACUGUACUCAUCUAUCAAUGCACCAGAAAAAUAUACUGAUUUAAAAAAGCAUAACUGUCUGCUCUGCUUGGGGGAAUGUGAAUAAAUGUUUGUAGCUUUUAGAUGA